AAAAACAAGGAAAAAGUUUUUCAUAAUUUUGUGAUCAUACAUAAUUAAAUUAGAGAAUUGCCAACAAAAAUUUGGUUUUUUUUACGAACUUGAGGUUGAUAAAUACGCAGAUUUAGAAAUUCAUUUCGAACAAUUGAACCUUCUCAAACUGUUUCUUUUUAAGAACUAAAAAGAUUUGUGCCAAAAUAACAGAUGCAAAAAAGAACAAAAGGCCUUGGACACGUAAUGGAUCUUGAAGGACUAUUUCCGCAAGCUCUUAUCACUCAAGAUUUAGCGCAUAUACAUUAUGCUAACUAUUGUCCAAUACGUGUCCAACAAGUGUUGGAUUAUCGGACACAGGCACCAAACUAAAAUGUUUGUGCUUUUUAGUCAAUUUCUACACUUCCAAUCCAAUUAUUGAUAUGCAUCAAUACUUUAUUUAUGCAGUUUGAAUUGCCUUCUACUUUCAUGAGAAGUUUCUUUUGCUUUUAUUUUAUCAAUCUAUUAUUUUUCCUUUAGCACUGGAACUGGUUCAUAUUAAAUGGACAACACUCGUGGCUUUAAACUUUAGAAAAUUGUACUUGAUGUCUUUUCUUCCAUGCAACUAUGGUAUAAUUGUAUUUGAAAUCAUCCUAUGGUAUUGUGCCAAAUGCUUGAUUCUGCUAGUAUUCAACAAUAAACUCCUUAUGCAAGCUCAAAUAAAUUUCUAUACAACAAUGGCAGUACAAACCGUCAAAUUUUCAAUACAUGCGUUGCUAAUCCCAAUCUAUUACCCCAUAAUUUUUUCACUAGUCAUUUUUUUUGUAAUACAUGAUUUUAGGCUUACCUUUUGUUUGGAGACGAAGAGUACCUAUUCAUAUUUCAAGAAGCAUAUGGGGCUGCCAUGCAUUAUCUAUUUAAUGACCCUUGGUAUGUUGAGGUAAAUAUGGAUUCCGCUGCACUCGUCUGGCCAUUAUUCAACAGUUUGCAGGCAUUCUGGCCAGGGCUUCAGGUUUUGGCUGGGGACAUCGACCCUGCAAUUCGAACACAUACUGCAUUCUUUAGUGUCUGGAAGAGAUAUGGAUUUACACCUGAGGGUUUCAAUCUUGCUACACUCAGUGUCCAGCACGGGCAGAAAAGUUAUCCACUUCGUCCAGAGUUAAUAGAGAGCACUUAUUGGCUCUACAAAGCCACGAGGAAUCCCAGAUAUCUUGAUGCCGGACGGGACAUGGUCGCCAGUUUGCAAUAUGGAGCCCGAUGCCCAUGUGGAUAUUGUCAUAUAUCAGAUGUUGAGUUUCACAAGCAAGAAGAUCACAUGGAAAGCUUCUUCCUUGCCGAAACGGUUAAAUACUUGUGGCUUCUUUUUGACUUGGCUGCGGGCCCUGACAACCUUGUGGAAAAUGGUCCAUACAAGUAUGUUUUUAGCACAGAGGGCCACUUAUUGCCUGCAACCCCUCAAAUAUCCCUAGUUAGGGAACAUUGUUCAUAUCUUGGGGCUUUCUGUAAAAGUAGCGUGGAAUCAGAAUCUGAUGCGAGAAAUAAUGCAACCAGUGUUGAAGAAGCUAAACAUUCAUUCUCUGAGGGAACGACUUCAACAGAAACCCCACCAAGCUCUGAUUUUGAUGAGUUGACAUCAACAACUGGGUUGAUCAGGGGGGUCUGUCCAGGACUGACUCAUGGGCAGAAGUUUGGUAUAAUAUAUAUUGGGUCAACAUCCACAGACGAUGAGUCUGUUACUGAAAGGGAAGCUGCCCAACGACAUUUGACAGUGGUCGUAACCGAUCAUAAUUCUGGUCAUUCGACAUCUGAUGAAAAAAACGUUGAUAACUCUCAGGAGCAUAGGGAGGAGGAUGUGAUGAAUGAUCCUCAUCCCAUUUAAGGAAGCAAAGUAUUUGAUAUUUUUGGAACGACUCAAGCCAUCUGCUCCUUGGAUCUGUUCUGUUAAACGUCUUUGGGUUAUAACUAUUGGAAGCAUUGUUAAUAGAACUUACAAUCAAAAGGAUGGAGCAAUAUUCAGUUGUUAUCGGUAGGGUGAAAGAGAGCCUGACAGUCGAAAACCGACACGCGUACGAACAAUAGUAUUUGUUGUUGAGUUCGGGUAGAUUCUUCUGAACAAGGCAUUAACAUUUAUUAUUUUGAUGAUUAUGAGCAUUGUAACAUAUGGCCUUGUACUGUAAUUUCCUUUACAAAAAGCCAGAUCUUCUGUUGUUUAAUUAUAUUGAUUUAGGGGGAUGGAUAUUUAUUGACAUUGAUUAUUUUAUCAUUUCAAAGGACAUAACUUUGAAUUA